CACAUUUCUAACAUCGACAUCGUAUCACGCACUAUGGACAACCCUUAAUAGGUCGUUUCCCCAAGUGUGAAAAUAGGGUCUCAUCAUAAUACUCUCCUCUCCGGACUGCUGUCCUUCUGACCAACCAUGGCAGAAGGCUUGGUUGACGAAAAGCUACAUUGCGAGGAUGCAUUUGCGUCAAUUUCGGGCGGUUUACGUAUCAGUAAAGGCCCGCCAAAGCUCUGUCCGGAUAAGAAGCAGCCCCUCUCGGCUUUUAGAAAGCUAGGACGGGCAUUUGGGCUUGCUCGGGAACAACGAUGGUCAGCUCGAGCUGGAAGUGAUGGCGAUUUUGCUGGCGAAGCGCCAUCAGAAUGUCAGCAAACCCUUGAGUAUGGUUCAUCGCUCCCUUCCCACUCUGAAGGCGCAAAGAACGUUCUUCGUGCUAGCAAAACUAGUCUCCAGCUCGGCAGCCUGCCAGCGCAGACGUUUUCUACGCAACCGAGAAACGAGCGCGGCGGCAAUGCCAGCUCCUUUGACAAGCGACAAGACCCGGAGGCAGCUUGCGAGCAAAACCACCUACAUAUUCAAAAACAAACUUUGUCUUCACAGCCUUCUCGGCCGCGUUCCCUGCUGAGCGCGCUGCUGAAUCGCCCUAGUCGUGCCAACUUGAUGGACAAGGAGCGCUCGCCCUCAGGGACACCGUCAACCCAAGAGUCAACCACGCGACCUGAGACAUCUACCCAAGAGCCUUCCCCGGAAGAGGUACAGCCUACCAACCAACAGCAGGCGGCGCCAGUCACCGCACGGGAGCUUAAGCCAUCCAUCCUGCAGCUCGACUCUCGCGGCUCUGAAGAGCAGCCCAUGCGGCCGCACAUGGGCAUCGACGAACACGAGGGGCAUCUGGCCAUGUGCCUAUCCGCACCCUCUGGCGACUCCGCCAUCCUAAACCGACUGGCCCAGAAGCACCCGUCCGUGUCCCCCCGACCCGUCAUCGCAGCCGCGUCGGGAGCGGUAGCAGUGCCGCCACCGGCAGCAGCCUCGGUGGCCUCGGCAGCCUCCGCCAUGCCCAUCCCGAAGUCUUCGCUGCCCAGGACCAGCCGGCUAGUUGUGGGCUCCCAAGGCAUCGGCAAGGAGCGCGCAUCGCUGUUCGGGCGCGAUGGCAGCACCACCACGGGGCCGGCCAGCAGCAGCACGGAUGCAGCUGGAAGCGUCCCCGCAAGCUCCAUGCUGGCCAUGUCGUACGGCCAGCCUCUGACAAGCUUUGUACGACCGCCCUGCGAACCCCAACCGCCACAACCGCCGCAACAGCAGCUCCCGCAACAGCAGCAGUCAUCCGUACCCCCGCCCCAGCAGUCCCCAACGCCGGUGGCUGCUACACCCACAGCCGAGGGUGCGGAUGCGGUGGCCACCGUCCCGGCUGCUGCUGCUGCGGCGCCCAGUGGGGCCGGCACGUUGCUGGCGACCAGUGUCAGCACUCCGGCAUCCAUGCUCCGCAGCAACUGGAGCCUGGAUGACUACAGCCUGCAGAAGCGGCUCUACAAGGGCAAGAUGUCCUCAGUGUACAAGGGCCGCUGCCUGCGUUCCGGACUGCCGGUGGCUCUGAAGGUCUACUUCAAGGCCCGCGUGCCCUCCAAUGUGAUCCAUAUGGUUCUGCGGGAGGUCAGCAUCCACCUGCAGGCCUGCGACCAGCGGAACGUGCUGAAGCUGUACGGAGUGUUCCAAACGGAUGAGCUCUUCGUGAUGGUCCUUGAAAUGGCGGCACGCGGAAACCUGUGCGGCAUUUGCCGUACAGUUAAUGGCGGGCGGCUCACGGAGUCGCAGGUCCGCCGCGUGGUACUGGAGCCGCUGCUUGACUCGCUUUCAUACCUCCACGGUCGCGGCGUGUGCCACCGCGACAUCAAGCCCGAGAACAUCCUGUUCACCUCGGAGUGGGAGUUCCGGUUGGCGGACUUCGGGGUGUCCAUCAACCUGCUGGAGGAGCGGGCGGUCACGCGGGCGGGGACGGCUGAGUACAUGGCUCCCGAGGUGGAGCGCUGCCCGCUCAAGUCGUGUCCCGAGGACAACAAGGACAACCUCUCGCUCGCGUACAGCACUGCGGCGGACGUGUGGAGUGUGGGAGUGCUGGCGUACGAGCUGCUGGUGGGAUUCCCGCCGCUGGUGGGGGAGGGUGCGAACGGUGGCUCCUUUAACCUGAGCUUCCCCGCCUCGGUAUCACCCGGGGGCCGCGACUUCAUCACCUCUGCCCUCGCGCCGCACCCUGAGGAGCGACCCACGGUUCUGCAGUUACGGAACCAUCCCUGGCUGCAGGCUGCGCAAUAACUGUGAAAGAGGGCAGUGUACGGCAGGCAUGCAAAGUAGGCCUAGAGCGUUUCCUACAGCGAAUGUUGGCGCUCUGGUAACACGAGCGAGCGGGCACAGGGGGCGAUGCGGAGCUGUGUGGCCACUAAAGCAACUGAUAUGGUGCGUGACACAAGACCGGGUUGAUCCUUUGAUGGAUGGUGAGGCCCGGUUAUCCUGAGGAACAUGUGUGGGAUGGUUUUCAAUAUGCCAUGCGUGCUGCUAUGAGUUCUGCGUGCUGCUGUGAUUUCUGCUGGUGCUGCGGCUAUUAUUGCUUGUGUUGUGUAGUGCAUCCGCGCCAAAUGUGUGCGGCGGCGGUGCAAGCUGACGGGUUUAACCGCUGGGAUGUACGGUGUAUGGCUUAUAAAACAAUUGUCUUGAUGUUUUGGGUAUGAGGCUAGCUAUGCAGCAGCGCAGCACCCGAUGCGGCUGCACUGCCUGAUUGAUAACUUUGUGUCAAGUGGCAGCAAGAAAAUGAAAGGACGAGGUUGAAGAAAUUGAGAUGAAGAACAAGGGUGAUAAACAAAUUCAGAAGAAUCGUAGGAACAGGGAUUCGUGAUGACUGAUGGGGAGAUUACGUGCUACACGAUACUCGCGAGCAGUAUGCUUCAUGGCUGGGUGGCGUAAGGCUGGAACUGUCCUUUCGUACUGACGCCCUCCAAUUGAUCUCCGUGGGCUAACAUGGUGACAUACAUCAAAGUACCAGUCACUUCGCGGUUACUGUUGUUCCCCUGAUCCCCUGACCUAAUAAGGGGAGGGGGACGCGGAGGCACAUGAGGAGGUUGCGGAAUUGGAGGCCUUCUUUUGGCGGUUGUUUCUUGUCAUCUGCCAACGUCUGUCUCGUUAGUGUGGUGCGACGUAUGCGACUACCUGCCAAUGCACGCGCAGCGGAGUUAUACCGUAUGGUCGUUACCGUUUCGCCUGGACACUACUCGAGUUCUUCGUACAUUCUGUUGAUCGGUCCUGGCAGCUGAGUUGCCUCAGUUGAAUGCGCCUGCUGUGGCAUUGGUUGAAAUUGUUUGUUGAAAAGGCUUACGGAACGCGUUGGGCAAUGCCUUUCUGGAAGUGAUAUUUAAGGGAACUCUAAUGUUGAUGGAUUCUUGUUGCUUGCCAUUUUAGAAGAGGAAUGGAGCACGUUUAUUUAAAACAC